AUGGUGCCUCCGAAUCAGCAGUUGGCGUUGCCACCGCCACCUCGCGUGUCCCCGACCGCCGAUUCCCUGCCGCCCGCCGUUAUCUUCUCUGCAAGCAUCAAUAUUGUAGCCCAGCGAGUGGAGAGGCCCGGAGACGGCGCGGGCGAGGAGGGCGUCGUCGGCGGCGGCGUACCGGGUGGCGGCGGCGGCAUCCGCUGUCCGGCGCCCAUCUCUCGCCUGCGCGUGGAGAAGAUCGAGGGCGGCCUCAUGGUGGCGGGGGUGGUGGUGGCGGCCAACUGCCAGCUGGCGCUGCCGGCGUUCGGCUUCCUCUUCGUGCUGGUGGGAUGCGUGCUGACGGCGGCGUCGUACCGCGGCCCGGCCGAGGACGAGGAGCCCGAACACUACGCGGCGCGCAUCGCCUUCACGGGCAACUCGCGCGUGCUGGGGCCCGCGUGCAUCGUGGUGGGGCUGCUCAUGCUGGCCGCCGGCGUCGGCCUGUGCCUGCUCACGCGCCGCGCGCGACGCCGCGAGCGACGCGUGGGCUUCCACUGCCCGCUGCACGGGGACUUCUACCCGCUCAGCCCCGUCAGCGGCGUGCGCUCCUUCGUAAACCAGGCACCCGAUAUUUUUGUUACGGAAAUCAGGUUGCUGAGUCCAACUCUGCCAGGUUCUGAUGAGACUGUAAAGGUGCCUACAAGCACUAUAUUACCCAGUGAAAAUGUUUCCACAGCACAGCCGGAAAUUACUGUUGUGGCUCCUGCUUCACCCCCUACAACACUUGUCAGCCCAACAUUCUCAACAGAGAAUAAAACUUCUGUAUCUUCUGCUCGAGGACCAAGAAAGUCUGUGUCGAUUGUUUUACCAGAAGAGGACAAAGGAUGACCUUUUGAUGACAGUGAGAAAUUGUAAAAUGACAGACAUGAAGGAGUCAGGCAGUGACUGCCAUGUCACAAUAAUUUUAUAUAUUUUUAUGUAACAUUUCAAAAAUAGCCAUUUGUUUCUUUGUUUGUAAAAUAAAUCUUAUUAAACAUCAUCUCCAGAUAAUAGCUCAGCUGAAUAUGUCAACGAAAGCUACAAUGUCAGGUAGAAUUUAGGAGCACAUGACAAAAAUCAUCAGAGCUAGUUAAAAACAUCACUGAUAGACAUUAUAGUUCUUCUCUGUUACGUCAUUUUGAUCCACUACCAGAUAAUGUUAUAUUUAGUGAUGGUGUAAAGUUUUAUUGCUCAGAUACAUGGAUGUGGCUGAACAAUGUGAUGUUAUUACUGGAAAUAACUCAGAAACAAGAAAAAAGACAAAAUAAUCAACAGACGAGGAUGUACUGGAGACUUGCAAAAACGCCUUUGUCCGUCCUUUGGCGUGCCAACAAGCGAGUGUGAUUCUUUAAUUGUGCCAUACACCUUUAAGAAAAAGGACAACUAUCAUGCAAUAUCAGAAAUAAUUUCAACACAACAGCAUUCACUUAAUUUUAAUUAAACACUAAUGAUCUUUAAGGAAUGCUGAAAAAUAUUUUACGAAUCUGUGCACAUAAAACAUAGGAAAAUUCUCCAGACGUUUGUUCCUUGAUAUUUUACAUAAACUCAGUCAUAAAAUUUAAUUUUCAAUUUCAAACACUUGCUAUGUAACUGCUUCCUAGCACUUGUGAACACAUUCAUGCAGUGAGAAUUCACUAAAGCUAAUUUACGGUACACAGAAGAGAAUACGAACUUGCAGGUGUGGUAAGUCACAAUGUAUAUAGCUUGCUUUAAUUUUUGUGAUAUAUUGUGAUCAAUUUAUGUGCAAUAUUGCACUAGAAAUAAGCAUAAUGAGUGAUAUAUUUUUUUUAAUUUGUGUGUUUAAGUAGACUGUCUUGUGAAAAGUGAUUCGUUUGAAAAUAUAGGAUGCAUGCCCAGAAGUGUAGUAAUCUAUUAUUCCAAAACCAACAUUUGUAAAGAGUUAAGAAUACAAUCUUGUUUAUUACAGACUUUUUGACAAGUAAACAAAUAAUGGUUUUCUUUGAAAACCAAGUAUUGUAUGAAAGGUAUUGCAGACUAGUAGAUUUUAGCAUUUCAUUUUGAAAUAAUAAAUAUAAAAAAUUCGAACAAAUAUACUACUAUUUAAAUUUGCCAGGAAGAAAAUAUAUUCAAGUUUGAAAGUUACUCUUCAUAAAUGCUGAUAUGUUGUACUUACUAGUCAUAAGUCUGUAUUGAAAAUGGAAGAUAUUUCAUCAAUUGUAAUUUUGUUGAGCACUGACUGGCCAAUCUUGUAAAGUACAAGUGUAUGGCAUUGUAGAAGCCAGUUCUUUUAUACUUGUGUAUAUCAUCUGGGAUCCAAAAAUAGAUAUUUGAAAAUAAGGAAUCCAAGUGCUCCUCUUAUAAUUAUUUCAACUGACCCUUCCUCCAUCAAUGUUCAUCAUCAUCGUCACCACCAUCAAGAUCAUCGUCAUCAAUACUAAUAUUACGUGUUUUUGUCGCAAAUUGGUCAUCUUAGGACAUGAACAUGCAACUUGUAACCACUGAGGCCCAGUCCUAUUCUUCCAGGAGCAAAUGCACGUGUCUUAGUAAUAUUACUA